AUGGUACCGUACGGUAUGAUCCUCGUCGGCGUGCCUUCUUCGCCGCUCCCGUCUCGCAUCGCGACGCUCUCCGGGAGCCUGCCUGCGUUCCAUCUAUGGCUUGAAACAGUCUCCCCGUGCAUGGUAUGCUCGUCCUCGAAGGCUGAUACGUCCUUGUUUAUCUUCUCCCGGGAUGGUGUUCAGAUUUAUAUGUUGGUCUAUGUUGACGAUAUUGUCAUUGCCGGUUCUACACCUGGAGUUGUUGAUCGUCUGAUCCAGUCUCUCUCGGACAGUUUUCCCAUCAAGGACUUGGGCCCCUUGGAUUACUUUCUUGGCCUAGAAGCGUCCUUCAAUUCUGGGGGCAUGACUGUGACACAACGCAAGUAUGCACUGGAUCUUCUGCAUCGUGUCAACAUGGAGAAUUGCAAGCCCACUUCCACGCCUCUUGUUCCUUCAGAGAAGCUUUCCCGUGAUGGUGGUACACUGCUACAUACUGAUGUUGCAUUCCGGUAUCGCAGUGUAGUUGGUGGGCUUCAGUAUUUGACUCUCACACGGCCAGAUAUCUCCUUUGCUGUUAAUAAGGUAUGCCAGUACCUUUCUCAGCCGACUGAGGUUCAUUGGGAGGCGGUUAAACGCAUCUUGCGAUAUGUGAAGGGUACACUUGAUACUGGCUUGUGUUUUCGGAAGUCCCGUUCUACUGGCAUUAGCAUAUUUACUGAUGCAGAUUGGGCUGGGUCUGUUGAUGAUAGACGAUCUACGGGGGGCUUUGCCAUCUUUGUAGGACCGAACUUGAUAUCCUGGAGUUCGAAGAAACAGCCCACAGUCUCGAGAUCGAGUAUCGAGGCUGAAUACAAGGCGUUGGCAAAUGGAGCUGCUGAAGCGAUUUGGUUAGAGUCUUUGCUUAAAGAACUCGGAGUAGUCUAG